UUCGUUUUUCUCGUUUGGGCUGCCUGCCUGCGCGCUGCAUUUGACCGCGACUCAGUAGCAAAGGAAAAUCCAUUUUCCAUUUUUCUAGACGCGGACACAGGCUCUGAGUAUCGUGUGCGGCGGACGUCCUUGUCCUGCGUGCGUCGUUUGCUCGCGCUGACGGUUUUUGCAAAUCGCGAGUGUCUUUGACUCUGAAGACGAAAAGGCCAUCCACAAAAAGAAGCACAAGCACAAGCAAAAGGGAGAAGAGAAAAGAGGCGAAGCAGCAGCGCAAUAAGGCUGAAAAAAAAAUACUUUGCCUGCCUGUGUGCAAAAGUCUUCAGCUAACACACGCUGAAACAGCGCCCCCAUGCAACGAGGCACGAGGUGAAGGCUGGCACUAGAAGGCAUCGAACAGCAUCCCAAAGCAAUCCGCCAGUGCGCGGACUCCAUGGCAACCAGCGCCGCGUGAGAGAGAGAGAGAGAGAGAGAAAUUCAGAAACAAAUUCCACACAUAAAGGAAGGAGCUGCCAGGAAGGACUGUGCGGCAGGUGCUUCCCGGAGUGGUGGGUGGUGGUGGCGGCGCCACUUGCAGGCGGUUAGCGGUUGGUGCCACAGCUGUUCGAAUCAUGAAACAUUCAAAUGUUUCCAUACACAAGGACAUGAUGGAAUUCGGCUAACUGCAGCAAAGAGGACUUACAGCAAACAAAAGCAGCAGCCACAAAGCAGCAAAGAGAAUUUCUAAGAAGAAUUGCAAGCCAAUUUGUGAGGAGGUUAACAAAAAGCGCAAUCAAAAUUUUCGUAAACCAAAACGCACAACUAACAAAGAGCCUGAGAAACCAAUCGCAGGAUAUAUAAAUAGCAGCAUCAAAAGCAUAGAGAACGGAGGCAGGAGGCAGCAGGCAGUGGGCAGUGGGCAGCCAUCGUCAGCAGCUUAGCAUCGAUUCAGCGGUCAUGGAACCACACGGCGGUGUGCCACCCGACAAGGAGCGACAGCUGGUGCUCAGGAAUACGGCUGCACAGUCGACGGCACUUGUGCCCGUGCCCGUGUCCGUGUCCGUGCCCAUUGUGGUCGCUGUGUCCACACCGAGUCCUCAGCAGCAGCAGCAGUCGUCCAGUAGUCAAUCCACGCACUUGUCACAGUCCAUUAAGCCAACGACACUAAGUCUGCAACCGCAUGGAGUGCCGCAUGCCACGCAACUAUCUCCAUCGGUUGCAGCGAACAAUAAUGCGGCAACAGCGAGUGUGGCGGCAACGAGCAGCGGGAGCGGCAAUGCCAAUAGCGGCAAUAGUCCAGCACUGGCAUCCACCGCCACGGCCAUAUCCGCCACAACGCAGGCAGCGACCGCAUUUAGCGGCAGUUCCGUUGGCCAUCAUCACUUGCCACAACAUCACCAGCAUUCGCAUACGCAGUCGCAAUCGCAGUUGCAGUCGCAGUCACAGUCACAGCCAGUGACGCAUCAACAGCUGCUGCAUGCUCUGCCAGCAGCAACGGCAGCCGGAUCAACGGCGACACACCAUCAGCAUCACAGCAGCAUCUCCGGUCAGGGCGGACUGCUCGGCACUGGCAGUGGCCCUGGCAGCGUCAGUGGCAGCGGCAGCAGCAGCCAACAGCAGACCAUUGAGAAGCUAUCAAGACCCAUGGCAUUCGAUAAGAUGGAAGUCCUAGUGCGCGAGAUGCAGGAUCAAGAGCAUGGUGUGCCCGUGCGACAACAGAAAAUGUUCCUCACAUCCAUACCCUAUGCGUUUAUGGGCUACGAUCUAAUCGAGUGGCUGAUGGAUCGCUUGCAAAUUGAGGAAUCGGAGGCAUUGAACAUUGCCAAUCAGCUGUGCUUGCAUGGCUACUUCUUUCCGGUGAACGACUCAAAGACGCUGACCGUUAAGGACGAUUCAUCGCUGUACCGCUUCCAGACACCCUACUACUGGCCAUGGCAGCACAAGGCGCCGGAUAAUGUCGAGUAUGCCAUUUAUUUGGCCAAGCGCUCGCUACGCAAUAAGCAGCGGCACGCGCUCGAGGACUACGAGGCGGAGGCAUUGUCCUCGCUGCACAAGAAUCUGAAGGGGAAAUGGGAUUUUAUAUCGAUGCAGGCCGAGGAGCAGGUGCGCCUGGCCAAGGAGCGCAAGAAGGGCGAUAAGAUUGUUGGUGACUCGCAGGAGCGCGCCUAUUGGCGUGUACACCGUCCACCGCCGGGGCAGUUUACGCCGCUGGAGCCCUGUCCAGUGCCCUCGCGCGAUCGUCAGGGCUUCAAGCCCAACAAAAAAAAGACUGUCGACGAUGUGCAGCGCGAGGUCGACUAUUUGGGCAAGUCCCUCAACCGUACACGCAUGAAGAUGUCGCAGGCGUGCGAGUCGCUGGUCUGCUACUCGGAGACAUUCAGCGAGUACGACUUCUUUCUGCAGCCGGCGUUGCCCUCGAAUCCGUGGGUGACCGAGGACAUUGCCUUUUGGCAGCUCAACAACACCUUCGUGGACAUUCCCACUGAGAAGCGGGUGAAACGUUGGGCCAUUUCGAUCGAGGAGCUCGUCUCGGAUCCCACAGGCCUCCAAGAGUUUACCACCUUCCUCGAGAAGGAGUAUUCGCACGAGAAUAUUCGCUUCUGGAUUGCUGUCAAUCGCUUGCGUCGCUCCGCCCACUCUCAGGUGGCACGCAAAGUCAACGAGAUCUACGAAGAAUUCCUAAAGCCUGGCGCACCCUGUGAGAUCAACAUUGAUGGCAAAACAAUGGAGAGUGUGCUGCGCGGUCUCAAGAAUCCGUCACGCUUCACCUUUGACUCGGCCUCGGAGCACAUUUAUAUGUUGCUGCUGAAGAAGGAUUGCUAUCCACGCUUCAUACGCUCGGAGCACUAUAAGCGACUGCUGGACACGGGCAUUCAGCCGUCGUACAAGAAGCGCUUCUUCAAUUUCGGCGGCGUUAGCGGUGCCAAGAAGAAGAUGACCGCUGCGCUGUCCAGUCAACCGAAUUUGGGUGAUGCCGGCUCCAGCAAGGGCUCCAGCAGUGCGGGGCAGGGUGGCGGCUCCAUGAUGCAGGCACCGCCACCGGGCAAUCUGGCACGGCGUCGAGGCAGCGAUCGCAGUCUUACGGGCUCGGCACACGAGUUGGCUGUCAUUGGGGUGAACAAGGAUGCAGGUUCCAAGGUACCGCACUCCCAUUCCCAGAGCAAUCUCAGCGAGAUGCCAUUUAGUAGCGAUUCCAUUUAUCGUGGCGAUAUGCCCCAGCGCCACAUGGCGAUCAUCGAUGUUGGGAUCUAUGCGGCCUACGGGAAUCGCGAAAGUAGUUUACAGGCACUUCCAGAAAACCCCAAGACAAAAUCCACCGGCCUGGAGACGCUGGAGACAUCCGUUGUGGCAACAUUGACCACUGGCAACACCAGCGCCGUUUGUCCCUGGGAUGAGCCAGUGGAAAUAGUGCCAGCUGCACAGGUCAAGCUCUCCGUCUGUCCCUGGGAGCAGCAGGAUACGGCAACAGAAGUGGCACCAGCGCCAGCGCCAGCGCCAGUGCCAGUGCUGGCCAAGCAAGCGGCCGUCACCGUACAACCAUUACGAUUGACCAGCACCUCGUCGGACAGCAGUGAUGUGGCUGAUCGACUGCAACGAAAUUUGGGCAUACGACACCAAAACACCGUCGACAGUGGCGAGACGAGCAACAAACGUUUGACGCCAAAUUUUACGGAACAGCGUCGAGCAUCCGUAUCAUUCACACCCAGUCGCAGCACGGACUAUCAGUUUGGGCGCACCACUGCCACUGGCACUGGCACUGGCACUUCAACGCCCACCGUUGGCAGCCAAAGCGUGACUGCAGCCAGCAAUCUGACACCAUUGCAGGCACGGAGUGCGGUCUUUGCCAAAGAUCAUCAUGCAUUAUCGUGCUCGGAUGUGGAAGCAACCGAAGUGGAGGAUGAACUAAACAAAUUGUCACAAGAGUCAACGGCAACGGCAACGGCAACGGCAGCGGACAUGCCGAUGCCAGUGCUAAUCACGCCCACACGCGCACAGAGCCCGCCGCUCAUAGCGAAGAUCACGCCACCGCCAACCGAGGAGUGCAGGUGCAGCCAAGUGGGUAACAGGAUCACACAUUGCCUGCAGCACUCUGUCGAGCAGGAGAUGAGAGAGCCAGCGAUGGUCAAGGAGGUGCAAAUCGAGUUGAUUGAAUCGCGUGCCGCCAACACGACGCCCACCAUUAAGGUCCUGGAGCUGGAACUGCAACUGGAGCUGGAGCUGGAGCUGGCAAGCACUCCGGGUGCUGAUCCCCUGCCCACGGGACAGAGCCAAGAGCCGCUAACAACAACCACCGAGGAGGCCGCGUUGGCUGACGAUGAAACAAUGGAAGCAGCAGCCCGGGCGCAGGUGCCCGAUGCGGAGGCAUCAGAGGCAUUGCAAGAUGAACUUUCACCCACCACCGACGAGUACCAGGAGGGACUGCAGUUUGGCAAUGACAGCAAGGAUGUUGUCGAUGACUAUGACAGCAUAGAUAGUGACAUACAGUUGGGCUAUAUACCGCCGGCACCCACACCAGCGCCAUCCAUGGCACCGCUGGCCGAGCUGGACGUGGACACGAUGGUGGACGAUGAGCCAAUGGAUGAGCAGGAGCUGGAGCUGGAGCUGGAGCAGGCGCAGGAGCAGCAGGAGCUGGAGCCAAUGGCAGUGGUAGCUCCAGUAGCACCAACAUCCAGCAAUGAUGAGACACGCAAGCGACGCAAGAAACGUAAUUCUGAUGGGAAGAAGCACAGCAGCUCGCAGGAUGAAAAGGAUGCCAAGGAUGCCAAGGAUGCUGGCAAAGCGGAUGUAAGCGGAAGUGGCAGUGGCAGUGGUGCUGGCAUCGUCGUCGAUACGGAACACAAUGCGGUGUGCCCCUGGGAAGAUGAGAACGUGAGCACUAGCGAUGGAACCUUCGUGAAGACAUAUGCCACACUGGGGUACUUAUGAAUAAAACCAAAUCUGUUCAAGACGGUCGUCAACAAGUUGCUGAAAAGGAAGCCGCACAAAAAA